CACACAACGAGCCAGGUUUGGAAUGAAAAUGUUCUGGUAACAGGAGUGGAGUCCGUAGACUGAUAGAAACCAGAUAGAAAUCUGUGUUACCGGUUCCUCCGAUAGCUGGGUUUCGUUUCUUGGAUAUUAAGUUGCAAAUCUGAAGAGAUGGCAUUUCUUGCACUGCACGUGUUGAUUGGGAUAUUUAUUUACUUUAGCGGUGUAAAAGGAUCUUCCCAGCCUCAAGCAAGGGUGUUUUUAACAUUCAAUGAGCUGCAAGAAACUAAGACCUCUGAAUAUCACAGACUAUCCCACAGUCCCCUGGAUUACAGGAUAUUAUUAAUGGACGAAGAUCAGGAUCGGAUCUACGUGGGCAGCAAAGAUCAUAUUCUGUCUUUGAAUAUUAAUAAUAUAAGCCAGGACCCUCUCAAUAUUUUCUGGCCAGCGUCAGCAAACAAGGUUGAAGAGUGCAAAAUGGCUGGCAAAGAUCCUACACAUGGCUGUGGAAAUUUUGUGCGUGUGAUACAGUCGUACAAUCGCACGCACCUGUAUGUCUGUGGCAGCGGCGCCUUCAGCCCCGUGUGCGUGUAUGUCAACAGAGGACGCAGGUCCGAGGAACAAAUCUUCAAGAUUGACUCCAAGUGUGAAUCAGGAAAGGGACGCUGUUCUUUCAACCCUAAUGUGAAUACGGUGUCUGUUAUGAUCAAUGAAGAGCUUUUUUCAGGAAUGUAUAUUGACUUCAUGGGUACAGAUGCAGCCAUUUUUCGGAGUCUGACCAAGAGGAAUGCAGUGCGAACUGACCAGCACAACUCCAAGUGGCUGAGUGAGCCUAUUUUUGUGGAUGCUCAUGUUAUCCCAGAUGGCACUGACCCCAACGAUGCCAAAAUCUACUUCUUCUUCAAAGAGAGACUCACAGACAACAGUGGCAGCACAAAGCAAAUUCACUCAAUGAUUGCAAGAAUAUGCCCAAAUGACACAGGUGGUCAGCGUAGUCUCGUGAACAAGUGGACAACAUUUUUGAAAGCAAGACUUGUAUGCUCAGUAAUGGAUGAAGAUGGAACAGAAACAUACUUUGAUGAAUUAGAGGAUGUGUUUCUUUUAGAGACAGAUAACCCCAGAACAACGCUUGUGUAUGGAAUUUUUACAACAUCAAGCUCCAUAUUUAAAGGCUCAGCCGUGUGUGUGUAUCAUCUAUCUGACAUCCAGACAGUGUUCAAUGGGCCAUUUGCACACAAGGAGGGCCCAAACCACCAGCUGAUUCCAUAUCAGGGCAGAAUUCCAUACCCGCGACCUGGCACUUGUCCAGGAGGAGCCUUCACACCUAAUAUGCGGACAACCAAAGAGUUUCCAGACGAUGUUGUGACGUUCAUCAGGAAUCACCCUUUGAUGUUUAAUCCCAUUUACCCAAUACACAAGAGGCCAUUAAUCAUCCGGAUAGGAGCCGACUACAAGUAUACGAAGAUUGCUGUGGAUCGAGUGAAUGCUGCUGAUGGAAGAUACCAUGUCUUGUUUCUUGGAACAGAUCAAGGAACCGUACAAAAAGUUGUUGUCCUGCCCACCAACUUCUCGGCAAGUGGAGAACUCAUUUUAGAAGAGCUGGAGGUUUUUCAGAGUAAUUCUCCUAUAACAACAAUGAAGAUUUCAUCUAAAAAGCAACAGUUGUACGUGAGCUCAGAUGAAGGGGUCACCCAGGUAUCCUUGCAUCGCUGCCACAUCUACGGGACCGCCUGCGCCGACUGCUGCCUAGCCCGAGAUCCGUACUGCGCCUGGGAUGGCAACUCCUGCUCCAGGUUUUAUCCCACGGGGAAAAGGAGGAGUCGUAGGCAAGACGUGAGACAUGGAAACCCUCUGACUCAGUGCCGAGGUUUCAACCUGAAAGCAUACAGAAAUGCUGCAGAAAUAGUUCAGUAUGGAGUAAAAAACAACACCACCUUUCUCGAAUGCACACCCAAAUCUCCUCAGGCUUCUAUUAAAUGGCUGCUACAGAAAGACAAUGACAGGAGGAAAGAGGUCAAGCUGAGUGAGAGGAUCAUAGCUACCGAGCAAGGACUCCUCAUUCGCUCUGUCCAAGACAGUGACCGGGGGCUUUACCACUGCAUCGCAACAGAGAACAGCUUCAAGCAGACCUUAGCAAAGAUCAAUUUCAAAGUGUUGGAUUCAGAGAUGGUGGCCUUCAUGACGGACAAGUGGUCCCCUUGGACCUGGGCCAGCUCAGUGCGAGCGCUGCAGUUUCACCCAAAGGACUUUGUGGGAGCCUUCAGCCACUCAGAAAUGCAGAUGAUUAACCAGUACUGCAAAGACAGUAGACAGCAAGGUCAGCAGAAGGAAGAAUCCCAGAAGAUGAGAGGGGACUACAGCAAGCUAAAGGCCCUUAUCAAUAGCAGGAAAAGUAGAAAUAGAAGAAAUCAAUUACCUGGAUCUUAA